AUGGAAGUCUGCAGGCGUGUUGACGGCGUACGUCUCACCCUUGACGUCAGUCCAGUCAUUACAUCCGUACACGAUCCGACUUCCCUGCCAUCGAACCGAACAAUUUCAGUGUCUCCCUGCUCCUAUCAAUUUACCGUCAGUCAGUGUCAUGUCAAGCCAUGCAGGAACAGAAAAGAACGAUGGUCCGUGCUUCUGCAUUCUCAAAAGGUAGGGGACGCAGCACCUGCUGCCGCCUCGCAAUUCCCAGAGCUUGUCGUCCUGCGAACCAAAGCAGCAACGACGCGCCUCAAAAAUCGUCAUAACCCCCGACGAUCCAUCCAUCCAUCACAUCACCUCGCCCGCCCCCUUCUCUCCGCUCUGCCCAGUUCCACCUCUCCUUUGCCAUCAUCAAUUUCUUCUCGGCAUCCGACCGCUCAUUCUACCCCAACGUCGUCGCAUCGAAAUCCAGUCAUCCUAUCGAAUCAUUACUCGUUGCCGCUGCUUUCCGUCCCUCCCACCGUCGUCGUCGUUGUCGCAAACAUGCCUACCGACUACAGCUCAUUGAAAGUCCCCGAGCUCAAGAAGCUACUCCAGGAGAGAGGCCUUCCUGCAACGGGCAACAAGCUGGACCUUGUCAACCGCCUCAAGGAGAACGACAAACAAGCCGCACCUGCUACCGCAGAGGAGGACGAGAUCGAUUAUAGUGACGACGAGCCCGCGGCCACCAAGCCCGCUGCUGCCACUGAAGCUGUUCCCGUCGUCGAAGACUCUGCGCCCGCCUCUGCGUCCGCCACAGCUGAGCCCACCACCGCCGCCGCCGCCGACGACGUCGCAGAGCCCGCUGGGGCCGCACUCGACGCCGCGCCCGACGCCGAGACCACUGGCGAGGAGGGGAAGAAGCCCGAGGAGGCCGCAGAGACCGCAGACGAGGCGCCAAAGGAGAACUUUGCUCUCAACCUUAACGCGACCGACGCAGCAGCAGAGGCCAAGAAGCGCGCAGACCGCGCCAAACGAUUCGGCAUCGACGAGGACGAGGAGGCCAAGAAGAAGGCCGAACGCGCCAAAAAGUUCGGCGUCGAGGUUGGCAGCGUCGCUGGCCUCGAUUCGGCCCUGCCCGAGAGGCGUCCCAAGCGCGGCCGUCCUGAACGCGCUGAAGAGCAGUCCGGACGUGACGCCAAGCGGCAGAGCACCGAUGGUCGUGGAGGAGAUGGCCGCCGCGGCCGCGGCAACAGGAACGGACACCCUGGUGGACGUCAAGCUGGCGGCGGCGACCGCGGCAACCGCAGCGGUGCCCGCGAUACCAGACGCACCGCUGCUAUUGACCCCGCCGAGAAGGCGAAGCUGGAUGCCAGAGCAAAGCGGUUCGCCGCCUGAUAUCACACGCGCACCGUGAUUUGAUGGGUGGAAGGGGAAGAGAGGGAGAGGCGGGGAGAAAGUCCCAGCGAUCGGGUCUGUAUACUAUGCCCACGGUCAGGUGGUUGGCGUUUCGGUCUACGACGAAUGAUUGGGGAAAUGCAAACGUCGCAAGCGCAGGACUCGAGAAUACAACACAUACAUCUUUGUUCCAGGGAUGACUGGUCAAGGACGAAACCAAACGAGACGGUGUUGACGACGCGCGUCGCCUCGACAAGAAUUUUUCACAGUAAUGGAAUAGAACUAAAAGUCUUUUUUUGUA